UUCAUUAAUAUUUUUUAAGAACUAAAUAGUCUGUCUGAAAUAUUUUGUUGUUGCUAUUAGUACUGAUAGCCUCAAGGCAGGGCGCGUGGAGUCGCAAAGCCGCUGGAGUGGGGCGUCGCCAAACAAAAACAUGUAUACAACGAACGACUCGGUCACGAUUGGCUACAGCGGGCGCAGGCCGCCGCCUUCGGACCGGCUCACUCGCGCCGCCACGCAGUCGAAUCAGCCACCGAACGCACUCGACGCCGCGCUCUCGUCACAACAACAUGUGCAGCGGAUCCGAGGGAGGUCCCUGGCCGCUCGGUAAGGACGCGCCGACAGUCGCCGCCGCCGCGAUAGACCACUACCGUUUACAACUUUACAAUUACGCCGUUGCGGAGAGACUGCGCCUUUAUCCACCCACCGUAGCACCAUGUUACGCGCCGUACGCACCACGGCUCGCGCUCUCCAUGUCACUGCUGCAGCAACGAGUCAUGCAGCCAGAAGAACCAAAGCCCCAACACAGCUACAUUGGUCUCAUCGCUAUGGCAAUCCUGAGCUCGCCGGAACGAAAACUAGUGCUAUCGGACAUUUAUCAACAUAUCUUGGAUAAUUACCCUUAUUUCCGUAGCCGUGGACCCGGCUGGCGGAAUUCGAUACGACAUAAUUUAUCUCUCAAUGACUGUUUCGUGAAAGCUGGAAGAUCAGCAAACGGAAAAGGGCAUUACUGGGCAAUACAUCCAGCAAAUAUUGAAGAUUUCAGAAAAGGAGAUUUCCGAAGACGCAAAGCCCAAAGAAAAGUAAGGAAACACAUGGGGUUAGCUGUGGAUGAUGAUGGUGAGGACUCACCAUCUCCACCGCCACAGUCACCACCGCCGACGGCAUUGCCGUUGCCUUUCUGGGGGACCGGUAGGAUUCCCAGCAGUGGACAGGCGAGAAAAAGACAAUUUGAUGUCGCGUCCCUGCUGGCGCCGGACGAUGCGCCUGUUAAGUUACAACGACGUGACAGCAGCUGCGAAGAGGAGCCUGAGGAGGAUAUAGACGUGGUUGCUAGUGACCAAGAAGACCGUGCGACGGAUGAAGAGACACGCGCGCCAGUGGCGCCGGCGGCGCAGUACCCACUGCUUGGCGGCUGGUGGCCCGCGCUAGACCCGGCGUUACUACAGCAAUUGCGGCGGCAUUCCACGCCGGCGAUGCCUGCGCCCCCUAGCCCCACGGACCAACAACAUCCCCCAGAUACCUAGAAUGUGUUUUAAUACUAGUGCUGUACAAUAUUGUGAAUACACAUAAAAAAAAUAUAAAUAUGCCGACGGAUGUGUAUUGCUUUCUUGAAUAUUUUAGAAAUUAGAUUUAUUUUUUAUGAUAUAAUUUUUCUUAUACAUAUUCUUUUCUUUUUAAACUAUUUAUCUAUAUUUCUUAAAAUUUCUAUGGUAAACACAAUUUAAUUUAUACUUCUGAUUUCACAUGCGCUGGAUCACUGUUUCAACCUCUCGAUAUCUACCUAUUAUUAUUUCUGACUGUUUUCAAUAAAUAAUUUAAAUAUUUAUCAUGUAAAUAGCUAUAAAUUAUUUGUAAAGGUGAUAUUAAAUGUACUAAAACUGUAUUUAGAAGUGACAAAAUGUAAUUAAUGAAGCUAUUAUAAUAAUUACAAGUCUGAAAACGACCAAUCGCCUGUAGAUACUCUUAGUUUUAAUUGUAUAUAACGUAAAGGUGUCUACUCUUCGUUGUUAUCAGUGACAUGUACACAUACUGUUGUUUGUUUAUUAGAAAUCAUUAAUGAAUGACAAUCGAAUAUCUCAAAUCUACAUAAGAAUCUCCGA